GCGAUGCGUUUCUUCCAAACCAAGCCAAGCACCAUUUCACCACUAAGCCGGAUACUAGAGCGCCAGAGACUCUUCUCUCGGCCGAAUCUGAAAUCAGAGUUUUCACGCCGUAGCACCUCGAAGAUCUGGGAUUGGAGUUUUCGGCCAUCUUCUGUCCAGCAGCUAUGUGAUAGGGGAUUGCAUAGGAGGCUCCCAUGGAAGCAUUUCAACCGUCCUCCAUACCAUAUGAUCAGUGGAUACCACUCCCCACGUCUGGUCCUCGUCCGUCUGCACGUUACAAGCAUGCAGCAGAAGUAGUAGAGGGGAAGCUGUAUGUGGUUGGCGGUGAUCGAAAUGGGAGAUACAUGUCUGAUGUACAUAUUCUUGACUUCAAGACUUUGACGUGGACUGCAGUGAAACCAACAUUUUAUCAAGAAGAUGACCUUGAUGGUCGUAGUCAUGAACCAUUCCCUGCAUCCUCAUGCCAUCGUCUGGUGAAAUGGGGAAACAAACUUAUAGCUGUAGGAGGAUAUAUGAAACAUUCUCCUGAUACUGUUACAGUUCGAGCAAUUGAUGUGGAUACUCAUUGCUGGAGUGUUGUUCAAACAUUUGGAGAAGUUCCGGCAGCUCGUGGAGGCCACUCUGUCACUCUCGUUGGCUCUAGAUUGUUCAUGUUUGGUGGUGAAGGAGCUAAAGGGCGACUUCUAAAUGAUCUGCAUGUCCUUUAUUUGGAAACAAUGAAGUGGGAUACAGUAAAAACAACUCAGGAACUUCCCUUGCCAAGAUUCGAUCAUGCAGCUGCAGUGCAUGCUGAACGGUAUCUUCUAAUUUUUGGUGGUUGUUCUCGUUCAGCAUGCCUUGAUGAUCUUCAUAUAUUAGAUCUGCACACUAUGGAGUGGUCACAGCCACAGAUUCAAGGUGAAGUCAAUGCUAGAGCUGGUCAUGCAGGGGCAGUUAUAGGUGAAAAUUGGUAUAUUGCUGGUGGUGGUGAUAAUAAAUCUGGUGCUCGAGGCACGCUGGUGUUAAGUUUAUCUAAGCUUGUGUGGUCAGUGCUAACUGAUGUCGAAGAACAGCAUCCAGUAGCCAGUGAGGGUCUCACGUUGACCUCAUUUUCAUCAGAAGGUGAAAAGCUUUUGGUUGCUUUUGGAGGAUAUAAUGGAAAGUACAACAAUGAGGUAUUUAUUUUGAAGCCCACGCUGAAAAGUGCUUCUCAACCCAAAAUUUUAAAAUCACCUGCAGCAGCCGCUGCAGCAGCUUCUGUAAAAGCCGUUUAUGAAUUAACCAGAAAAGGAGAAACACUAGACUUGAAGGUCGACACCAAAGAAGUUACUCGUGGAAGCUCCAAACAGGACACAGUGGAAAAGGAUUCUCUUUCAGCAAGAAUCAAUUUGCUGAAAUCAGCUCUGCUAGAAACAAGAACCAAUAAUUCAAAACAUAAAGAUCAGCUUGAUGAGAAGAAUCAGACUUAUGCUGAACUAUCCAAGGAAUUGCAUUCAGUUCAAGAGCAGCUAACUGCUGAGAGAUUGAGGUGCAGUGAACUUGAGAUCCAGAUAUCUGAUCUUCGGGAAAAGCUGGAAUCAUCACAUUCUUUGCAGCAGGAGCUACAGUUACUUCAGGUCCAGUUGUCCAUUUUCAGGCAAGAUCCAGUGGCCAUGGGUCCUUCCAUUCAAAGGAAAAGAUCAGGGCUUUUUAAUUGGAUUGCGGGUACACCAGGAAAUCCAGAUGAAGACAAGCCAACACAUUGAAUGUUAUUGGCUGAGGACUGAGGUAAACGACAUUCAGGGGCUUGCAUUUUGAUUGAGAAACUUGAAACAUUACCACCAUUAAUUUUUCUCAAAAUCCUUCUUUUAGAAAAAUGCCACCUUCCUGCAGCUGCCUGCUUGUUGUAGACAGAAGCGUUUUUGUGCUGUAUCAAUUUGUUCAUUUGAAAUAGUUAUUUCAGUUCUUUUUGGCCCAUACAACUCAGGGUUGGCUUGCUUUAUCAAUGUGAUUCUUUUUAUUUUCCGGUUCAA